AUGUUGAAGAGAAAAUACAAUUUCAAAAUUCAACAACAAGUUUAUUAUGGACAAUUAAGAGAUUCAAAUGAUAUUAUUGAAAUAUUAAAUACAAAACCAAAUGUUGUUAAACGUUUAAAUCAACGUAUAUUUGGACAAACACCAUCAAUGCCAACAAUUUAUGUUGAUUUAUCAAUGAUAAAUGGUCAAACAAAAGAUUUAUUAGAUUCAAAAAAAUUUCAAACAUUAUCUGUACGUGAACAAGCUGAUGUUAUUAUGGCUAGUAUGAUUUAUUUAGGAAAAAAAGAUGAAUUAGGUCAACCACUUUAUCUUAUUACAUUAUGGAUAGCUUGUGAUCUUGAUCGACCUGAUGAACGACAAUUAUUUCUUAAUGCUUUAACUUAUUUAAAAAAAUCUCGUCUAGGUACUCAUCCAAUAACAAAAGCUGUUUAUACAACUAUUCGUUUACUUUCAUAUCCAAUAGCUCAUACAUUUAUAUUUAAAUUAUUUAAAGAUGAAAGUAUUAUUGAAGAUUUAAUAUUUAAAAGAAAAUCUUGUCAAACAGUUGAACAUGAAAUAGCAACAUUUGAUGAUAAUAUAUUUCAAUCACAUUCAAUAUUUAUUGAACAAACUCUUCAUUUACCACGUGGUUCACGAUCAUUUUUAGUUAAUGGACGUAUAUUAGGAGCAUUAAAUGAAAAUGAACAAUAUACUGCAAAUGAUUUUAUUCUUCUUGAUAAACAUUUAUCAACAACAAUGAAUGAUCGUCUUAUAUGUAUUGUUAGUAAAUUAGAAUUAUCUAAUGAUCCAUCACAAUUAUCCGAUCUUCUUAUGCGUAUAUCAUCAAUAAUAAGUCAAAAUAAUAAAAGUUCUUCACCAAUAACACGUAAACAAAUACCACAUAUAUCAUCAACAUCAAAAGCUGUUCUUAAUUUACCAGCAAAACAAAUCAAUGAACCAGCAUUUUUAAUUGAAGCUAUUCUUGAUCCAGCAUGA